CACUCUGAUUUCUCACCUCCACUCUUGGAUAUCCUUAUGUAUUAAGUACAGUUUUCAUCUUGUUACCCACAGGACGUUUGGUCACCUCUCUAUGUUGGAAUGGAAACUGUGCAAUGAGUUGAGUGAGUUAGAAGUCCACCUACACUGCACAGACACUGCAGCAUGAAGCUCUGGCAUGGGGCAAGAGGGGCACUACUGGCCUUGCUGCUGAGUUUACUGCUGUUUACCUGCACCACACAAGAGAGUGAGAAGAGUCUGGAGCUGCAAGAGGAAAACGAUACAGUCAGCACUGAGAGCCCUGAUAUUGUAUCCUCUGACAUAACAAUCGUGAGCCCCCACAGGACAUGGAUAGCCUUUAGGGACAACUCAAACAAGGGUGGAAAUAAGAAACCAAGAGGAAAUAAAAGGCUGUCCAAGCAUGGCCUUCCAGGGCCACCAGGCCCUCCUGGUCCCCAGGGGCCUCCUGGUCCUCCGGGCCCCCUACUGCCUCAUCAUGCAGAGUUGAUAAAGGACUUCCAAGUCAAACUAAAAGAAAUGGUAGGAACUUACUGUCUGCUCUGCGAUCAACCCCCUCGUGUGGCCACAGCUUUCCAUUGCCGACUGCAACACAACCUGCUGGCCCACCGUCGCAGUCUGCAGGAGCUCCAGCCCUUCAACAAUCCCUCAAACACAGAGCAGUUCCAUCAAAGAGGACAGGGCUUUAACACCAGCAGUGGCCGGUACACAGCUCCAGUGUCUGGGUUCUAUCAGCUCACAGCUAGUCUUCUACUGGAAUCCAGUGAGUCUCAGAAGAAGCCUUAUGCCAGGCAGAGGGACAGUGUUAAGGCCUCUAUAUGCAUAGAGUCUCUUUGUCAGAGUAAUGUAUCUUUGGAGACAGUGACUGGAGUGAGUGUAACAGGGGGACUAUUCAGUAUUCUCCUGACCGGGACUCUUUACCUACAGGCUGGAGAGUAUGUAUCUAUUCUUAUUGACAAUGGGACAGGCUCAGCCCUCACAAUUCUCCAAGACAGUCUAUUUUCUGGCAUUCUUAUUGGAGUAUGAGGACACAAACAAAACACAAACCAUAGACUUCAAAGAAACCCAUUUUAACAAUGACAACACAAUACAUAUCUUUAUCAGGUAAGGUAUUCAGGACAUAUUAUAAUAAUAAUUGCAAAAGAAGGACAACACUUUUCAAGCACCUACAAGAGACUCUAUGUAUUACCAUUGAUGCAAAGGGCAGCAGGAUUGCACUGCUAUUUAUUUCCUAAAUAAUAGCAACAUUUAAACUCUGUUAAUAGAGGUGUAUGUAUUUUUUCAUGUGGUAUGUUCAUGCAUUCCAUCAUUAACCGGGCUGAAGUUUUAUUUAUUUGCAUUUCCUUUUUAAAUGGAUAUUGAUAUUUGUAUAUAUUUGCAAUAAAAUACUUGCAUAAAUGCUGAAA